AUGUCGCAGAGAGACGCGAGGAAACAGGUUUAUAUGGCAGAUUGCAAGCUCAAGCAGCUUUACGUCGACAUUGACUCCAGCAUCGACGCCUCGGUCGGGGUCACCGUCGCCGCCCAGGCUGGAUACCGCGACAGCUUCACCUACAACCCCGGCGACCUGUCGUACAUGAUUGUCAACGUCCCCGGCAUCAUCAGCCUCGGCCCGGAGCUCCUCUUCGCCAUCGGCCUCGAUCCCGACGUCGCCGCUGGUGUGACCGUCACCGGCUCGGCCGGCGCCGGUCUCAAGAACGGCCGCGUGCAUUUCGACUUCCUCAACACCGCCAAGACCAGCGUCACGCCCUGGAAGCCCGUCUAUAACGCCAAGCUGAACCUCUCGCAGCGCGCCCUCGCCAAGGCUGAUACCUGGAUCGACGUCACGUUCCAGCUCGUCGUCAAGAUCCUGGGCGGCGUCGUGGACAUCAGCGCCGGCCUCAGGGCCCGGCCGCGCUUCAACAACGAGUUCGCACUCACGGGCAGCCAGGGGAUCGGGAUCGGCCAGGGAAAAACCGGCGGGGAUGCCAAUGGCGUUAUCGCCGCCCCCGCGCAGUCUGGCGACCUCACCUGCGCGCAGGGCCUGAGCAUCAAGAGCGACUUCAGCUUCAGCCUCGUCGCGUUCGUCACCAAGAUGUGGUCCAAGACGGUGUACAACGUUCAGGUCCCCAUUGCCAAGGAGUGCUACAGCUGGGCUUGAAGUGGGAGACUGGGUUUUGGCAGCCUGUUGUUCGGCCUUGCCAGUUGAGUUGUACAUGGAGGGGGAUGGCGGAACAGGAACACCUGCCCGUCCAUGGAUGUCCUUACGAGGGGGUUUGACGUGUCUCUUAACUCCUAUUAUUACUCUCAGCGAGUCUAAUUUCAUUGAUUAUGCC